AUGGCUUUGUUUUCUGCAGAUCUUUUCCCAACAAAGUGGAGUUUCGUUGUGUUUGUCUCUUACAUGGCAUUGUUUAUUAAUCAAGGUAUUCUUGUGACAGCCAGUAAAUCCAAGGAUAACAGUUACAGCUACAACACAAUAACAGUAGUGUUGCUGACAGAAGUGUUCAAACUGUUUGCUGCAGCCGUACUGUUCAUCAAAGACCAUACAGUGGCCAGCUUUUUUCAGAACAUAGUUGCACAUGGAAAAGUUCUGUGUUUGUACUUUAUUCCUGCGGCACUGUACUGCCUGUACAACAACUUACAAUUUGUGAACCUGUCAGCGUAUGACCCCACCACGUACUACCUGCUGCUGCAGUUCAGGGUUGUUGUCACUGGCGUCAUAUUUCAACUGAUCUUUAAGAAACAGCUCAGCUUUAUACAGUGGGGAUCUCUUCUCCUUCUAACGUUGGGCUGCAUCAUCAAAGAGAUACGUCAUGACGUGUCACAUGCCGGAACACUAUCCACAACACCCACUUCAUUCCUGGACUAUCUGGACAUUCACCUGCUGUUCAUUAUGCUGCAGGUGUUCUCCUCCUGCUUUGCUGGUGUUUACAAUGAGUUUCUGUUGAAGGACACAGGUGUUGAUGUUCACAUUAUGAUGGCCAAUGUCUUCAUGUACCUGAACUCCAUAGUGUGUAAUGUCCUGGUGCUCACUUUUCGAGGACAACUGGUUGAAGCCUUCACAGCAGACAGCCUGAUGUCCAUCAUGAAACCGGGAGUGAUAUCCAUCGUCAUCAACAACGCAGCCAUUGGAAUUGUGACAAGUUUGUUCCUUCGCAGCCUGAAUUCUAUCCUCAAAACCUUUGCUAGUGCCCUUGAGCUCAUGUUUACCGCCGUCCUAUGCUGGCUGAUAUUUGGCAUUCCAGUGGACCUCUUCACUGUCCUGGCCAUCUUUAUUGUCAGUGCUGCCACCUAUCUUUACGCUCAAAAUCCUGUGGUCAACAAAGCCAGGACAGAUUUUGAAUUGGAUGUGAAGAAAAAGAGUGAAGAGAAAAGUGUGAUAGCUCUUGAUGACUCUCCUCUAGGACACAGGCAUAAACCCCUUAUGUCUGUUUAG